UCUGUCUGCAGUCCGAACAAAAUAUUGGUACGAAUACUCUCCUUAAAAAUAUAAACUAAUUACCCUGCAGCUUUCCCCAUCGGUGUUUGACGUCAUCAGGCGCUGACGCAGGCUGUGGGCGGGGCCUCGGUAGCCUCACCUGUCUGCCUUAGGUAAAGUCACGGAACAGGAAGUGAGCAGACAUACUCCAGGCUCCCAGGGUGGACUCAGAUUGUUCUAGUUCUGACUCGGUUCGUCAUGGCUCGGCUCUGCUCGGCUCUACUCGUGCUCUGCUCGGCUCUGCUCCUUCCCGCGCUCUCUCAGGACUGUGAUUGGCUCUCUGACGGUCGGGAUCUGAGCCUGCUUUCACUGGAGAAAGGGGCUCUGGUGGCCCAAAUGGACGACAAAGACCAGGACUCGUGCUGGGCCGCCUGCUGUGAGCACGCUGAUUGCGACCUGGUCGUGAUGGGUCCGUCCAGUUGUAUGAUGAUCAGAUGUCAGUUACGGAACCAGAACAUCUGCAACCUUACGACCGGCGCCGGGGAUUAUCGGGUCUACCGCAAGAAGCAGGCCAGGAUCAGGACGGACCAGGAUUUGGGGAAGAUUUACCUGAGCCCACUGCUGCUUCCCCCGAACCCGGAACAGCGCGAGACCGGCAACAAGACCACGGAAGGCAGCCAGACCGACAACAAGACCACCGAGGGCCACCAGACCAGCAACCAGACCACGGAGGGCACCAAAGAGGGCACCAAAGAGGGCGAGGAGAAGUGGAGCGUUCACUGUCGUCUCCCAAAGAAGGUCGGUCAUUGUCGCGCUGCCUUUCCAAGGUACUUCUACGACCCGGUCAGGCAGACCUGCCAGCGCUUCACUUAUGGUGGCUGUGGUGGAAACACGAACAACUUUGAGUCCAGGAGAGAGUGUGAGCAAAAGUGCACAGGAGUGACAGGCCCAGUUCUUCCUGAUGAGUCGACUCCUGCUCCUCAACUUCAUGUGAAACCUGCUGAUCAGCUUCCUGCCAAAAGUGUGGUCAAGCCUGCUCAAGGGUCUGGCAGCUCUGAUAGGACAGUACAAUGUCUGGUGUCACCUGACCCUGGUCCAUGCCGUGCUGCUUUCCCCAAGUUCUACUAUGACCCCAACACCUCCACCUGUCAAAGUUUUAUCUACGGCGGCUGCCGUGGUAACCAGAACCGCUACGACUCUGCUGAGGAGUGUCUGGAGCACUGUGGUGAAAACGGUGCGUUUGACAGCCAUGGGAAAAGCCGUGACCGCUGGACUGCAGGUGUCUUCCUCUUCAUCAGUUUGGCUGCCAUCUCUGCUCUGCUGCUUGGAGCGCUCAUUAUCACCACGCUGAGACGCCAUCGCCUGCCCCGCCAUCCCUCCUCUAUCAGUGACAAAGAGGAGCUUCUUCCUGAUGACUCAUCAUCCAUUGACUCUCUGAGCAUGCCCGCUCCACGUCAGGCCUGAAGGCCAGGGUUAUUUGAGCAGGCGGCCUUAUUACUCUGAGAUAAUCCGAAAUUUUUGAUUUAAACAAAUUGGAAUAUUAAGAACCAAUCAACCAAUCAGUGAAGGAGAUUUAAUAAACACAGAUGCUGAUGUCACAGCAGUCUGUUAAGGAAGGAUUUUUGUCUUUUAUUUUGAUACGCUUUUCCUCAUCAGUUGCAGUUACUUCCCCUUUUAUUAUGUUACUUAAUGUUUUAUUGUGUUACUUCCUGUAGGGCAAGUCUGUUCCCACACCUUUAAGUACCGCCUCCUUCAUACUCCAACAGCACAGACGGCAUCCUGUACACAGACCAGACCCUCAGACUGGUCUGUGUACAGGGGGCACUCAUUGAAACAAAAACAAGGUAUAUCACUGACCACUUUUUCCCCCAGUUUGGUUCAGUCCGGUUUGGUUCAGUCCAGUUUGGUUCAGUCCAGUUUGGCUCAGUCCAGUUUGGCGCAGUCCGGUUUGGUGUAGUCCGGUUCGGUUCAGUCCGGUUUGGUGCAGUCCGGUUUAGUUCAGUCUGCUUUGGUUCAGUCCAGUUUGGUUCAGUCCGGCUUGAUUCAGUCUGGUUUGGUUCGUUCCGGUUUGGUUCGGUCUGGUUUGGCUCAGUCCGGUUUGGUUCAGUCCAGUUUGGUUCAGUCUGAUUUCGUUCAGUCCAGCUUGGUUCAGUGUGGUUUGUUUCAGUCUGGUUCAGUUCAGUCUGGUUUAGUUUAGUCCAGUUUGGUUUAAUCUGGUUUGGUUCAGUCCAGUUUGGUUCAGUCCGGUUUGUUUCAGUCCGGUUUGGUUCUCUCUGGUUUGGUUCAGUCUGGAUUGGUCCAGUCCAGUAUGGUUCAGUCCAGUUUGGUUCAGUCUGGUUUGAUGUAGUCCAGUUUGGUUCAGUCCAGUUUGGUUCAGUCUGGUCUGGUUCAGUCCAGU